AUUUAGGGAUAAAAAUGACAACUACGAAGAUUAUUUCUCAUUGUCUUGUUCGAGCUUCGAUCCCUAAUCGGUUCUUUAGUGCCAUUGUCACGGUCCCGACAUCUCUUGGAUUUGCUAACAACGUCUCUAAACCUGUUGGCUUGAAAUGUUCCUCCAAGCACAGAACACCAAUGGCAGCUUACAAGAUUAAGCUUGUAGGACUUGAUGGUGUGAUGGAUGAGUUUGAGGCCCCUCGUGAUGAAUACAUUUUAGAUGCAGCUGAAAAUGCAGAAGUGGCGCUGCUCCAUGAUUGCCGAGCUGGAAUCUGCGCGGCAUGUGUCGGGAAGAUAGUGUCCGGUUCGAUGGAUCAGCCGGACGCCACCCUCCUAGACGAAAAACAAAUUGCCAACGGUUAUCUGCUGGCUUGA